AUGCCUGGCAGGCAUCAGCCGGCAGCUGCAUUUAUGGAGGGCUUGGCGGCCCUGAAGUUGCAUCGGAUCUUUUACAUCAACCUGGAACGUCGCCCCCUGCGGCGGAAACGAUUUGAAGAGCGAGCAGAGGUGCUGGGUCUCAAAAACUUCCUGUCGAGGUUCCCCGCAGUGGAUGGAUCCAAAGUCGAUCUGGCCAGGUAUCCCAGCUCAGUAGUGUCCCAUGAUGGCCUGAGACGUGCUGCAGAGCCGCCGGAGGUGGUGAACGGUGUCCAACUCACACGUGGUGCGUUGGGUUUGAUUCUUUCGUAUCACACGCUGCUGCAACGAAUCGCAUCAGAUGACCAGGACCACUUGUAUGUUGUGGCAGAGGAUGAUGCAGUCUUCAACAAGGACUUUGUGGAACGUUUGCAGCGCUGUGUCAAGGCGUUGGAGUCGGAAGAUCCAAGGUGGGACUUCCUGCACCUUGGCUACUACGACGAUGACUGCUCGCUGGCCCCACUGGAAGGUGCCAGCAGUCGCUUCCUGUGCCGGCCCAUUCAGGUCUAUGGUCUCUUCGGGGCGGCGCUGAAAGCGCAGGGGGCCAGGAAGCUGCUGGAGCACCUCUUCCCCUUGGACGAGCAGAUCGAUUCAUCCCUGGCAUCGGUCUAUGGUACGCUUCGUGCCUAUGCUGCCAGGUCAUCUCUGAUGACGGCUCCGCAUUCCACGCCUGAAAACAGUGACAUCCAGAUCUUGCCGGAAGGUUUCAGAUGGCGGGGCUGA